AUGUGGAGCCCUGGCAAGGAAAACCACAGCUCUGUGACUGAGUUCAUCCUCCUUGGCUUCUCCGAUGAGACACAGGUCAGAAUGACCCUGUUCGCCUUCUUCUUCCUCCUCUACCUCAUCACCCUUCUGGGCAACGGACUCAUUGUCACCUUGAUCUACCUGGACUCACACCUUCACACACCCAUGUACUUCUUUCUCAGUAUCCUCUCCUUAGUGGACAUGAGCUAUGUCACCACCACCGUGCCUCAGAUGUUGGUUAACAUGGUAAGUCCAAGGAGGAGCAUCUCCUGGGGAGCUUGUACUGCCCAGAUGUUCAUCUUUUUGGUACUGGGCAUUGCUGAGUGUGUCCUCUAUGCCAUUAUGGCCUAUGACAGGUAUGUUGCCAUUUGCUUUCCCCUUCACUAUACCCUUUUCAUGAGCCGCCCCAUUUGUAUCAAGAUGGUCACAAUGUGUUUGUCCAUUAGCAUGGCUGGGGCCCUGGUCUACACUGUCUUCACCAUGCAUCUGCCUUAUUGUGGCCCCUACAAGAUAAACCACUUCUUUUGUGAGGUCCCUGUUGUCCUGAAGUUGGCCUGUGCAGACACAUCCCUCAAUGACCACUUAGACUUCAUCUUGGGUUUCAUCCUGCUCUUGGUCCCACUCUCCCUCAUCCUGGCCUCUUACAUGUGCAUCUUUGCCUCCAUCUUCAGAAUCCGUUCAUCCCAGGGGAGACUCAAGUCCUUUUCCACAUGUGCUUCCCAUAUCACUGUGGUCACCAUGUUCUAUGGGCCAGCCAUGAUCAUGUACAUGAGGCCCAGCUCCUGGUAUGACCCAGAGAGGGACAAGAAGCUGGCACUGUUCUACAAUGUUGUCUCUGCCUUCCUCAAUCCCAUAAUCUACAGCCUCAGGAACAAAGAUGUAAAUGUGGCCUUUCUGAAAGUACUUAGACACAGAGAGACAUGCUAA